GAGAUAAAGAUGCCGAAAACGGCUAAGUCUGAGAAGUACGAGUUGAAUGGGCCAACUGACAACAAUAGAGAAUCUUACGGCUCCUUUCAACAGUCUACUGAAGAUGGGGAGUUUAUCAUCCACCACGAUCAGCUGCAGGGAGAUACAGACACUUCAACAACAGAUUUGGGCCUGACAAUGGCUCCAACUCCUGCAGAUGACAAAUCUACUUACUUCAGAGAUGGAAAGAGAAAAAUAGAUUUUGUUCUGGUCUACGAAGAAGUGAGUGAUGAGAACAUCAAGAAUCAACAGAUACAAAAAUCCAUGAGAAAAUCACAGAAACACGAAAUGUGGCGACAAAAAUUCAUGUCGAAUCUCCGCAAAGCAGGCUUGGACAUGGAAGAGGAAGUGGUCGAUGGUGACAGGAAAAUCGUACACUUCAUUAAACUUUCUGCACCCUGGCAAGUGCUCGUCUACUAUGCGGAGAUCCUAUGCAUGAGGGCUCCUCUCCAGGCUCAUCCCAAUCCUAGCACCAAUUGGUCCGAGCGCAUACUGCGUACACUGCGAAUACCCAACAUCAUGUACGCAGACAUACCCAAUAAACCCCUGGACUACUACACGUGCAGAUUUAAAGCUUCCAAAUUGGACAAAUUUCUAGGAAGCGAGAACCAGGAAGAGUAUUUUACCACGACUCAAAGGAUCCGAGUAGUGCAAGAAAUACUUCAAACCGCUGUGUAUGGGAAGAGGAGAAGAGCUCAACUGGGAAUAGAUAGAUUGGUGGAAGAGGGAGUUUAUACUGCUGCUUUCCCACUGCAUGACGGCCCUUAUCAGAAACCCACUCACUACGUUUUGCCCGAUUGCCUAAACAGGAGGCAAAUCUUAUACGAAUAUUGGGCCAGAUGGGGAAGGUGGUACAAGUAUCAACCUCUAGAUCACAUUAGAGAAUAUUUUGGAGAGAAAAUUGGAAUCUACUUCGCAUGGUUAGGGUUCUACACGGGUUGGUUGCUACCUGCAGCAGUAGUCGGUUUAAUCGUCUUUCUUUAUGGUGUGUUGACCAUGAAAGAGGAUUCACCCUCUAACGAGGUAUGCCAAAGUGAGAAGAAGUAUAAAAUGUGUCCGUGGUGUGACGGUUGCCCUUUCUGGUACCUCAGCGACAUUUGUUUUUUUAGCAAGUUAUCUUACUUGUUCGAUCAUCCAGGAACCGUUUUUUAUGCAGUUUUCGUCUCAUUCUGGGCUGUGACGUUUCUAGAACAUUGGAAAAGAAAAAGUGCCAGUCUCGCCCAUCAUUGGGAUUGCAUGGAUUUUGAGGAGGAGGAGGAGAGGCCCCGUCCAGAUUUCGCCGCAAGGGCUCCUUUUGUGGAGAGAAAUCCAAUAACUGGAAUUAAGGAACCAUCAUUUCCGAACUCCAUCCGUCGACAGAGGAUGGCUGCUGGAGUCGGUGUCAUUUGUAUCAUGAUGACUUUGGUGAUGAUAUUUAUAAUAGCAGUCAUUAUCUACAGGACUUUGGUAUCCAUCCCUCUGCUGAAAAAUAGGACAUUUUUAGGCAUGACUUCUGUCAUCACCAGUUCUACGGGAGCCGUUUUUAAUCUCAUACUCAUCAUGGCUCUUGGAAAAGUAUACGAGAGCUUGGCACUCAAGCUAACUCAAUGGGAGAUGCACCGAACCCAAACAGAUUUCGACAAUAACUUGACAUUCAAAGUAUUUCUUUUCCAAUUUGUUAAUUACUAUUCGUCUAUCUUUUAUAUCGCAUUCUUCAAGGGAAGAUUCGUUGGCUAUCCGGACCAUUAUACCUACCUGAUGGGUUUAAGAAACGAAGAUUGCAAUAGUAGUGGCUGUUUGAUGGAACUAGCCCAACAGUUAGCGAUCAUCAUGAUUGGGAAGCAAGUGAUCAACAAUGCUCAAGAGAUCCUGCUCCCGAAAAUAAAGUCAUGGUUUCAUCGCAAGAGAACCAAGUUAACGAGUGGGAUUAGUAUUACACGUUGGGAAGAAGACUACCAACUCAUCGAAAAUGAAGGAUUGUUUCAGGAAUAUUUAGAAAUUGUUUUGCAGUUUGGUUUCAUCACAAUUUUUGUGGCAGCUUUCCCUCUUGCUCCCCUCUUCGCCUUACUUAAUAAUUGGGUAGAAAUUCGCUUGGAUGCACAGAAAUUCGUAUGCGAAACUCGCAGAACAGUUGCCGAACGAGCUCAGAAUAUCGGAAUAUGGUUCCGUAUUCUGGAAUUACUUGCUCAUUUGGCGGUCAUCAGUAACGCCUUCUUGAUUGCCUUUACCUCAGACUUCUUGCCCAAAUUACUUUACCAAUAUGACUACAGCUGGGAUUUAGAAGGUUAUGUCAACUUUAGCUUGUCCUGGUCAUUGAACAGCUCUCUGCUAGAAAGUUGCAGGUAUCACGGGUAUAGAGAUGAGGAGGGCAAUUUUAGACCAUUCUUCUGGAGAUUACUUGCAGUUCGGCUGGGAUUUGUUAUCAUAUUUGAGGUAAUAUUUGAGGAUAAUUUCUAAAUUUAUUUAAUUUUGGAUACUUUCCACAAUUCAAUAUUAUUCAAGCAUUGAAAAUGCUGAAAAUUUACCUUUAAAUUUUGUUUGUCUGGUCCAAACUUAUGAUGGUCUGGAAAUAAGCACUUAGUAACAAACGGGGUGAAAA